UAGAAAGUGCAAAUAUUUAUCAGGACCAGGAUCACAACCUCUACAGAACUUAGAUGGAAACCCACCACGUGACAAGUGUACGUGACAGCUGUGGUAUAAAAAGGCGAGUAUCUGAGACAGGAGAGAGAGAGACCAGCAGGUCCUUCUACAGAUAAAGAUCUCUCUACAAAGAUCUCCUCCUGUGAUCACCUCACAUCUUCUAGUGAACUUCAACUUCAAGUUUCAGCAGCUUGUGGUAGGUUUCUGCCCUCUAUCUCCUCACACACUCCUCACACACACUCCUGCACAGUGUGUCAGGAUGAAGCUCCUCGCUCUGGUGCUUCUGCUUUCCGCUUUCUCCUCACCGACUCUGGCGGAGGUUGUGAAGGAAUUUGACAAGUCUAAGUGUUCUGAGUUCUUCAUCCAAAGCCCAAAUAGAAAAAUCGCCAUCACCCCGACAGUUUUCACAGAGAAAGAGUAUAAGCAGAUUUGUCAGCGCUGGAACAACAGAUACAGAUUUGCAACACUCUAUGACACUCAGCGGAGGAUCCCAGUCUACUCAGCCUACACGUUCUCUGGUGGAGAACACAACGACCGAAAUGGAGAGUGGAAAAAUGAACCUCAGCUUGAAAACAGUACGAAAGGUCCAGACAUGGAGAAGAUCUCCGAUGAAGAUAUGGACGAGUUUUCUUACCAGGCUGUGAACAGAGACUAUGAAGAAAGCAAGAGCAAUACUAAUACUGAAUAUACUAGAGGUCAUGUGUUUCCAAAUCAGUAUGCUGCUGAUCAGGAUCAGGCAGAUUCCACCUUCACGUUUACUAAUGUAGCACCACAAACACAACAUAGCAAUGGGAAAUGGGCAGAAGAAGUAGAGACACCAAUGAGGAGAGAGAUACAGACCAAGUGCAGGCCAAAUCGAUCAAAACCAGCUAAUAUAGUGACUGGAGUUGUUCCAGGUUAUAACUGGAUCCCCAUAACAAGAAAAGGAAAAAAUAAGGAAAAAAUAAGAAUUGAACAAGGUGUUAACAUUCCCAGUUAUUACUGGACUGCUUUCUGUUGCUUCAACAAUAAUAAUGUAAGAAUUUCAAAGGCCUACCUCGCUCUGCAAAACGAACCAAAUAACAAGACUUAUGAAUUAACUGUGAUGAGUGUUAAUAGGUUGAAUGCACACCUCACCAGAUUGUAUAAACAAGAUUUCAGCGUUUUUGGCCAGUUGUGUUUGACUUAAUACCGUCAGAGUUCAUUCCCUCUACUUCUCUGGUUAAACCUAAAACUGUUCCUCCGCUUACUUCUUCAAAAAGCAAAAACGCUGAGCAUUUUUAAUCAAGCAGUGAUGCCUUAAUGUGCUUUAUUUCACUUGCAGAAACACUUUUAUUAUGCUUUUGGGAUCAGAUGUUUCUUUAAUGAGAAGCAACUUUAAAACAAUGACCAAAUAGGAGGUGUAAGGAAUAAAACACUGUGUGUGGUGCUGUUGUAGGAAAAUAAUCAGUGACAGAAUGGUGUGAUGAAGUGGAGUUACUGUUAUACUCUGAUGCUGACUUUCCUAUAACAGCACGUCUCAAACUGUUUCAUUUCUCUUACAACCAUCAAUUUGCUAAUGACAUUUUUAUGUGUUAAAGAAUGACACUUCAUACUUUUUAUCCACUUAUAGAUACAUUUAAUAUUCUGAAAUAGCCAUGAAACCAGUUAUGUGACAGUCACCAUAUUGUUUUCUGUAUGUUUCUAAAUUAAA